CAGCAAAUCACCCCCUCCAACAACUUGCAGGCCUGAGUCGAAGCUCAACCAUCCCCGCCGCCACUCUCUUUAUCUACUCUGCCCGCCCUCCUUUCCUUUCUCCCAAACUUUUUUUCCCUCAUUCCUCUUUUUCCUCAAUCCAUCUCUUCCCUUUAGAUUUCGCCUCUGCGCUUCUUCUAAGGGUUUUCUUAUACUUUCAUAAUCCCGUUAGGACACAGACGGGCUUCCUUAUUACUCAAUUUGUAAUACUUUGAUACCACCGCAAACAUGGUUCAAUCCGCUGUUCUCGGUUUCCCCCGCAUGGGUGUCUUGCGUGACCUGAAGAAGGCCACCGAGGCUUACUGGGGUGGCAAGCUCUCUCAGGCUGACCUCCUUGCUGAGGCCAAGCGCCUUCGUCUUGCUCACUGGAAGAUCCAGAAGGAUGCUGGUGUCGACAUCAUCCCCAGCAACGACUUUGCUCUGUACGACCAGGUCCUCUCCCACAUCCAGGACUUCGGUGCUGUCCCCGAGCGCUACACCAAGGAUGGUCUUGACCCCAUUGACCAGUACUUUGCCAUGGGCCGUGGUCACCAGAAGGAUGGUGUCGAUGUCCCCUCUUUGGAGAUGGUCAAGUGGUUUGACUCCAACUACCACUACGUCAAGCCUACCCUCCAGGACAACCAGACCUUCACUCUCUCUGCCUCCCCCAAGGCUGUUGCCGAGUACAAGGAGGCCAAGGAGGCUGGCAUUGAGACCCGCCCCGUCCUCGUCGGCCCCGUCUCUUUCCUUCACCUCGGCAAGGCUGACCGUGGCCAGUCCGUUGACCCCAUUGACCUCCUCGAGAAGCUUCUCCCUGUCUACGAGCAGCUCCUCACUCAGUUGAAGGAGGCUGGUGCCCAGACCGUCCAGAUCGAUGAGCCCGUUCUCGUCUUCGAUCUUCCCGCCAAGACCAAGGCUGCUUUCAAGCCUGCUUACGAGAAGUUCGCUGCCCUCGGUGACAAGAUUCCCCAGCUCAUCUUCACCACCUACUUCGGUGACAUUGUCCACAACAUUGACCUCGUCCCCAAGACCGUUGCCGGUGUCCACGUCGACCUUGUCCGCAACCCCGAGCAGCUUGACACCGUCAUCUCUGCCCUUGGCCCCAACACCAUCCUCUCUGCUGGUGUUGUCAACGGCCGUAACAUCUGGAAGACCAACUUCAAGAACGCCAUUGAGAUCCUUGAAUCUGCUAUCCAGAAGCUCGGCAAGGACCGCGUCAUUGCCGCCACUUCCUCUUCCCUCCUCCACACUCCCCACACUCUUGCUAGCGAGAAGAAGCUCGACCCUGAGGUCGCCGACUGGUUCUCUUUCGCUUCCGAGAAGGUUGUCGAGAUUGCCCUGCUUGCCAAGGCCGUCACUAAGGGCCCUGCCUCCAUCAAGGAGCAGCUCGAGGCUAAUGAGAAGUCCAUGAACGCUCGUGCCACCUCUGCCCGCACCAACAACCCCCAGGUUAAGGAGCGUCAGUCCAAGAUUGUUCCUGCCGACUACAACCGUAAGGAUGAGUUCACUGUUCGUAUCGCCGAGCAGCAGAAGAAGCUCAACCUUCCUCUCUUCCCUACCACCACCAUCGGUUCUUUCCCCCAGACUCCUGAGAUCCGUGUCCAGCGCAACAAGCUUGCCAAGGGCGAGAUCACCACUGAGGUCUACGACCAGUUCAUUCAGAAGGAGAUUGAGGAGAACGUCAGAAUCCAGAAGGAGCUUGGCCUUGACGUCUACGUCCACGGUGAGCCCGAGCGUAACGACAUGGUUCAGUACUUCGGUGAGCAGCUUGAUGGCUAUGCCUUCACCACCCACGCCUGGGUCCAGUCUUACGGCUCUCGCUGCGUCCGUCCCCCCAUCAUUGUCGGUGACAUCUCUCGUCCCGCCCCCAUGACCGUCAAGGAGUCCAAGUACGCCGUCGAUGUCUCUGACAAGCCCAUGAAGGGUAUGCUUACUGGCCCCGUCACCUGCUUGCGCUGGUCUUUCCCCCGUGACGACGUUCACCAGUCCGUCCAGGCUGAGCAGCUUGCUCUUGCCCUCCGUGACGAAGUCGUCGACCUUGAGAAGGCCGGUAUCGACGUCAUCCAGGUCGAUGAGCCCGCUCUCCGUGAGGGUCUCCCUCUCCGCGCCGGCAAGGAGCGUGAUGCCUACCUCGAGUGGGCUGUCAAGGCCUUCAAGCUCUCCACCGUCGGUGUUGAGAACGCCACUCAGAUCCACUCUCACUUCUGCUACUCUGAGUUCCAGGACUUCUUCCACGCCAUCGCUGCCCUCGAUGCCGAUGUCCUCUCCAUCGAGAACUCCAAGUCCGAUGCCAAGCUCCUCCACGUCUUCGUUGACGAGGCUUACCCCCGCCACAUCGGCCCUGGUGUCUACGACAUCCACUCUCCCCGUGUUCCCAGCGAGCAGGAGAUCAAGGACCGCAUCGAGGAGAUGCUUCAGUACCUCAAGCCUGAGCAGCUCUGGAUCGACCCUGACUGUGGUCUUAAGACCCGUAAGUGGAAGGAGACCAAGGAGGCCCUUGACAACAUGGUCAAGGCUGCCAAGUACUUCCGUGCCAAGUACGCCAACUAAGCAGCCCUGCCAAGUGUGCUACUAAGGUUGCCCAGAGUCAUGUAACUCUGGCGACAUAAUUUUCUUUUGUUCAUGAUAUUUUGUUUUACAGCUCGGACAAAGUUUCCGACUACGAUUUCAACAUCGGCGUUUUGGGAGAUUGGGGAAGUGAUGCGCUGCAUCCCAAAAGUUUUUUUUAACGCCUUCCUGGUAGCGGACCGGGAUGGGACGACGGCAUGGCGCGCAUUCAACAUAGAUUACUCUCACUUGGGAGCCGAGACCCAAAUACCACGGGCUCAUAUUAAUAAAACGGAAAAUAUAUAUCCAAUUUUCACGUAAACUUGUUUUUCCACCUUUGCACUUGUGUCUGUCCUCUUUAAAUGUUUCUGCUGGUUUAGAUGCCACGAGAUCACGUGCGGUCGUGACAUCCACUAAACGCGCUUUC